CUUCAAAUGAACCUUCAGGCAACGCUCAACCUCCCCCUUUCCUGAUGGAGGCCCACUUCUCCUGGCAGGAUUUUUGAAGCUGCCAAGUCGUCGCUGCCUGCCCUUUGUAUGACACGCCAUGCCUUCUCAACAGCAGCCACAGACCUGCCCCCUGGCCUGAGACCCUCUGUGUGAAACAUGAUGCCCUGGAGCUGCGAGACUUGCAUAGAUUGGCUGCCAUUGGCCAUAAAAUCUGUCAGGCUGAUGAGAGUGACAGGGUGUGCCCGGCGUUUGGGGCAUUCACUUGCAGUUGGCACAAUGGACAGACCACUAAGUUUCGACAGAGCUGAGACCUUUUCUUUCAUUAAUCCUUGGAUUCGAUAUUUUCUGUUUUUCUUCAGCUUCUUAUUUUGGGUACUUUCCUUAGUUAUCAUUGCAAUCGGAGUGUAUGCCAAGAUCCAGAAGGCCACAGACACAGUUCGAGACACAUUUCUGGUUGACCCCGCUAUUAUCCUCAUAAUUGUAGGAGUCGUAAUGUUUUUCAUCACAUUUUGUGGAUGCAUUGGAGCUUUGCGAGAAAACAUUAAACUCCUCAAAGUUUUCUCUGUUAGCCUGACUUUGGUGUUUUUAACUCAGGUGGCCAUUGCAGUGCUUGGAUUUUUCUAUUCUGAACAGAUCCCUGGAACAUUUGGGAAGUUUGUGAAGAAGGCAAUCGUCCACUACAGAGAUGACAUUGACCUGCAAAAUCUUAUUGAUUACAUUCAAAAGGAGUUCUUGUGCUGUGGCUGGAACAAUUUCACAGACUGGUCUCAGAAUUUGUAUUUUAAUUGCACCCUCGAAAACCCCAGCAGGGAGCGGUGUGGCGUGCCCUACUCUUGCUGUGCUGCAGUCCCUGGAGAGGUAGUGGUUAACACAAUGUGUGGGUUUGGCGUCCAAAAUCUCAAGUAUAUAGAAGCUGUCAAAUUUAUAUACCCAGAAGGAUGUGCUGAAAAAGCCACACACUGGAUGGAAACUCAUCUUCUGCUGGUGGGCGCCUUAGCCCUGGGCCUAGCUCUUCCACAGAUUGCGGGAAUUGUUCUGUCUCAGCUCUUAAUAUCACAAAUACAAGACGAGAUAAGUUCAGUUAUAUGAAGAACGUCAUGCUGUGUGAAUCAUGGAUGCCAUCAUUUUAAGGCCCAGAGCUUAUGGGGUCAUAAUUUGUGGUUUGAAAAAACAUUUUCUAUAUGAAACAUUUUUAUAAAGAGACGGAGUUCAAAACAACAGAGGUGUGACAAUGGAGUUACAAAAUCAGUUUGGUUGUUAUCAUAUAUUCAAAAACUUUUCAUAAACUAAGUGAUACACACUCAGAGUUUUAAAAUGAAUAUACAUAUCUAUUUUGUGCCAUCCUGUGGUCUUCUUGAUUGCUCAAUCACUGACAAUAUCUUAAUAUAUAUGCAAAAAUGCAGCUACCAGCGGGUUGAGUGUGUGAGGAACAAAGAGCAGCAAAUACUUAGUUCACUUUGAAAAUGGCAUGGUAUUGGUUAUCAAGCACAUCAACACACUGGAUUGAUCAGGAACAAUCUUGCUGGAACUUUCAAGAAAAUGGCUUACCAACCUAAAUCAUAAACUAAUGGCAAUCCCGUAGUUAGAAAGAGUACAGUAUUGCAAGGUCACAGGGUAACAGUCAGCUGUAUUUACUAAGCUAACAGCUAUGCUGGGGUGCACAAAGAGGCAUUACAGAAUGACUUCUCAUACCUUUUUAUAGAUGGUGUAGAACAUUCAUGGCCCAACAUAAUUUCAUAUUUACUAGCAAAUAACAAGUAAAGAUACUUGGAGAGGGCUAAUAAAGACAAAACACCGCUGAAGGA